AUGGGCUGGUUAAGGCAUAUAUUCGGCAAAUUUUCAGCAACAUCAGAAAAGCGGAGGCAGCAGAGAGCAAAGAAACGCCGGAGUCGAGAACGCAGUCGACGGGUUCGAGCACGGGAAGAAGAACUACGACGUCGGCCUGGAGAAAAGGCGCCCUUUUUCUUUGGUUCGCCUUUCAAAUCAUACGAAGUGAACUAUCGCGGACCUGCUGCGGGCGCAUGA